AUGCCGGCGUUAUACCAAGUGCUUGGAGAACGAGCGGUCGAGGCGGCCCCGCAACUGGCUAGACGGGGGCUCUCCGUCAACCAUACCCAAAGUAUCACCCUCGGCGUGAUGGCCGUCUAUGUCGUCGUGAUCGCCCUGCUCUGGAACUUGCCCUACUUGCGCUGGUCCCUGUGGCCCUUCAAGAUGCUGGUGAUCGCCUUCCAUGAAUUCGGUCAUGCUAUCACGGCCUGCUGCACCGGUGGCAGAGUCAAAUCCAUCAGUCUGGACCCGCACGAAGGUGGUGUGACCCAUAUGCAGGGUGGAAUGAGUGCCAUUACUCUGCCCGCUGGUUAUCUCGGCUCCUCUAUCAUUGGUGCCCUCCUCAUUUUCGCCGGCUUCGAUAUCGUCGCAUCCAAGGUGGCAAGCAUUGUCCUCGGGGUCUGCUUCCUGCUGACCCUCUGGUGGGCACGCCGGGAUUGGUUGACCAUCAUGACCGUCCUGCUGGCGGUCGGCUUGCUGGUGGCCUGCUGGUUCAUUGCCCACGGUGAAGCCCUGAGAUGGGUCGUGCUUUUUAUUGGUGUCAUGUCAGCCCUUUAUAGCGUGUGGGAUAUUUGCGAUGAUCUCAUCCUGCGCAAAGUCAACAGCUCGGAUGCCAGCGUCUUCGCGAAGAAAUAUGGAGGGUCCUCUCAGUGUUGGGGUGUCAUUUGGUCCAUCAUCAGCCUCUGCUUUAUGGCUAUUGGAAUCAUCGGUGGGAUCGCAGCCUUCCCGGAAAGCUUCAGUCAACAGGAAAAAGACUCUCAGCACUUCAUCCCAACUUAA